GGCCUAUCAAAAAAAGAAUUUUUUGUGUCCUUCUUUUGUACAUAUUUUUUUUUUUGGCACUCAUUGAAAUGUUCAUUCUUUCUGAAAUUGAAGACACAGUUAAAAUUGUACCUAAUGACUUUAAAAAGGAAGACAAUGGUGCGAUUACCGAUGUAUUGAACGAAAAAUUUGCCAAUAAGGUUGUGCAAGAAGUAGGUCUUUGUAUAUGCGUCCACGAUAUUUUACACACUUCUGAAGGAUUCAUUCUUUAUGGCGAUGGCUGCAGUUACAUUAAAGUGACCUUUAGAGUGGUCGUUUUCAGACCUUUUGUAGGUGAGAUUUUGACCGGUAAAAUCAAGAGUUGUUCGCCCAGUGGUGUACGAGUUUCAAUGGGAUUUUUUGACGAUAUUUUAAUUCCUGGCGGAGCACUUCAACCUGGAUCCAAAUUUGACCCAGCAGAACAAGUUUGGGUAUGGAAUUAUGAGGGUGAAAAAAUGUUCAUGGAUAUAGAAGAAUCAAUUCGAUUUAGAGUGUUGCGUGAACAAUUUACAGAUACUACACCGACAAAUCAUCCCAUCUCAACUUCUGGGAGACGUCAAUCUGUUGCUGAUAUUGCAGCAAAUAGCGACCUUGCUGCUAACUCAACCAAGAUACCACCUUACUCCAUCACUUGCGCAAUUUCAGAGGAUGGUUUGGGUCUUCUUUCAUGGUGGGGUUCAUAAUCCCGUCACCACACACUUUUUUAUACACGUAAACAAUACACUUUGAUCUUUCUCCUUUGUUUUUUUUUUCUUCUUUUUUGUUUUAUAAACUAUUCUCUCUUUUAUUUUUUUAUUUUUUUAAAAAAAAAUCCUUAUGCUUGAUCCAAAAGAAA